CGCCCCAAGUCCUAAACCCGCUAAAACCAAAAUCACCUCUUUUACUUGCCCGCCUUUCCUGUGCUCCACUUUCUCCUUCCUUCCUCCCUGGUUGCUGCUCCUCUGAUCACUCAUGGCGUCUUCCGCUCUCGCUCCUCCUACUCCUCGUUCAGGGGGCAGUGGUGAAAUCCAGAGCAUGCGGAGCAGUGCCGCUUUUGGGACUUCCUGUGGAGGGGAUUUUGAUGUGCCAACUUCCCAUUUACAUACACAAUACAAGAAGAGAAGAAUCUCGCCUGACAGGGAAUUGAGAGAGGCAGAAGCCUUAUUGCCCAUUUUAACCGCACCAGAUUACUACAUUAAGCCUUGUUUGGCUGAUUUGGCCGCUAGGGAAAUUUCAGAUCCUGGUUAUUGCAGUCGAGUUCCGGAUUUCACGGUUGGGAGGUUUGGUUAUGGUUGUGUCAAGUUUCUGGGGCAGACUGAUGUUAGGUUGUUGGAAGUUGAUCACAUUGUGAAGUUGUACAGGCAUGAAAUUGUUGUAUAUGGGGAUGAAAGUGUUAAGCCUGCAGUUGGUCAGGGGCUCAACAAGCCUGCUGAAGUAACUCUGAAUUUGAAAGUUAGACCUUUACACCCAAAUAAGGAACAGCUUCAAGAUCUUGUGGAGAAAUUGAGAAAGAGCAUGGAGAGGCAAGGAGCCCGCUUCAUUUCGUUUGACCCCACGAAUGGUGACUGGAGGUUUUCGGUCCAACAUUUUAGUCGUUUUGGAUUGACCGAAGAUGAUGAAGAAGACAUCACAAUGGAUGAUGUUGAGGAAGUUAGUGAUCCUUCCAGGGUGAAUAAAGAUGCAGAGAUUCUUGAGGAAAAUGGGGAAGCCGAAGAGGAAAUUGAGCCUACAGGGCCUAUGCUUUAUCACUCUCUUCCAGCGCAUCUUGGCCUUGACCCUAGAAAGAUGAAAGAGAUGAAGAUGUUGAUGUUUCCAUCUGAGGAUGAGGAUGGGGUUGAAAAUUUGAAUGAUCUCUCUUAUCCCAAGAUGUCCAGAAGUAAAGAGCACAUGAAGCGUUCUUUGCUGAAUGCCUCGGAGAGGAUGCCUCGCAGAUCUAGUCCGCCUGCAGUGAGGAAAACACCAUUGGCUUUGCUCGAGUACAAUCCUGAUGUUGUUGACUCUACUUCUCCUGGAAAUAUAUUGAUGGCCCAACAAAAGAUGGCAUUUCCUUUAAACCCAGUUAGAGGGGAUGGCUUCAAGCUCAAAUUGGACCGCCAGACACCAGUAACUGGAAGCCAUUCUCGCAACAUAGUUGAUGCUGGGUUAUUCAUGGGCAAAUCAUUCCGUGUCGGAUGGGGUCCAAAUGGUGUUCUUCUUCAUUCUGGUGCCCCUGUAAGUAGUAGCAGCUCUGAAAGAUGGUUAUCUUCUGUCAUAAACGUCGAGAAAGUUAGCAUUGACAAAGUGGUUAGCGAUGAAAAUGAUAAAACCAGAAAGGAACUUGUUGACUGUGCUUUUGAUGCCCCUUUCAACCUCCACAAAUCGUUAAAUCGUGACAUCAAACAAGUUCAUGUAGGUUCAUUUACACUGAAACUUCAGAAGGUGAUUACUAAUCGGCUGGCUCUUGCUGAAAUUUGUCGGAAUUAUAUAGAUAUAAUUGAGAGACAGCUGGAGGUUCCUGGAUUGUCUUCAUCCUCACGUCUGGUUUUGAUGCACCAAGUCCUGAUCUGGGAAUUGGUUAAAGUUCUUUUCUCUGUAAGGGAAAAUGUUGGCCGACCAAAUUCUUUAGGUGCUGACAAUGAGGAAGACAUGAUGCCAGAUGUUAAAGAAGGGUCUCCAGAAAUUGACGAGGAAUCACUUCCUCUUAUUAGGAGAGCAGAGUUCAGUUGUUGGUUGCAAGAAAGUGUAUGUCAUCGUGUUCAAGAGGAUCUGAGCUCUUUGGAUGAAUCCAGUUAUCUCGAACAAAUCUUCAUACUCCUUACUGGGAGGCAGCUGGAUGCAGCGGUCGAAAUGGCUGUUUCUAGAGGAGAUGUCAGAUUGGCGUGUUUGCUUAGUCAGGCUGGUGGAUCAACUGUUAAUCGUGCUGAUGUUGCACGACAACUUGAUCUUUGGAGGGCCAAUGGACUAGAUUUCAAUUUUGUUGAGAAAGAGAGGACAAGGAUCUAUGAGUUGCUUUCUGGUAAUAUUCACAAUGCUUUGCAGGGUGUUCAAAUUGACUGGAAAAGAUUCUUAGGGUUGCUGAUGUGGUAUCGUCUGUCGCCUGAGACACCAUUGCCAGAUCUUUUCAAAAAUUAUGAACUCCUCCUCGAUGAAGGUAAAGCUCCAUAUCCUCUUCCAAUUUAUGUAGAUGAAGGACCAGUUGAGGAGGAAAUAGGUGAUACAGAAAAGAACUUUGAUCUCACAUACUAUCUCAUGCUUCUGCAUGCCAACGGGGAGGGUAAAUUUGGCUCUCUGAAGACCAUGUUCACUACUUCAUCUUCAACAUAUGAUCCACUAGACUACCAUAUGAUUUGGCAUCAAAGAGCAGUUCUGGAGGCAGCUGGUGUCUUUACUUCUAAUGAUCUUCAAGUGCUUGACAUGGGAAUUGUUUCCCAGUUAUUGUGCACUGGACAAUGUCAUUGGGCGAUUUAUGUGGUGCUUCACAUGCCACAAUGUGAUGAUUAUCCUUAUCUACAUGCUACUGUAAUUCGGGAAAUUUUGUUUCAGUAUUGUGAAACUUGGAGUUCAGACGAAUCACAAUACCAAUUCAUUCAGAACCUUGAAAUUCCAUCGGAGUGGCUGCAUGAAGCUAUGGCAGUAUAUUUCAAUUACCAUGGGGAUCUGUCAAAGGCCCUUGAGCACUUCCUUGAAUAUAAGCAUUCAGAAGUUUGGAGACUUGCUACUCAUAUGGAGGAACACAAAUCUGAAAUUGAAAACUGGGACUUGGGAGCUGGAAUCUAUAUUUCCUUCUUACAGCUUAAAAGUUCAUUUCAAGAGGAUAACAAUACCAUGAACGAAAAGGAUCCUCUUGAGAGCAAGAAUUCUGAAUGCAGGGGAUUCCUUAGUCAGCUUAAUGAAUCUUUAGAGACUUUGGGCAACAGAUUGCCAACCGAUGCAAGGAUUGCAUACUCAAAGAUGGCCGAGGAGAUAUCCGAGUUGCUGCUCUCAAUAAGUAGUUGGGGAGAAUCACGGGAUGCCCAGUUGAGCUGCUUUGAGACAGUUCUUACGGCUCCCGUCCCUGAAGCUCUUUGUUCAAACCAUCUGCAAGAUGCUGUCUCGCUCUUUACAUGUUAUCUCUCGGAGAUGGCCACUCAAUCCAUCUAGGCUCGAAGCUCUGAGUUUCUCGCAUUCACACCUUGCUUCCUUCACAUGCGUGCCAGGAGUUGGGGCUUAACUUUAGGAUCGCGAUUCCUUGAUUGCCAUGUUUGCUGAUUUUUCCUUUCCUCUCUUCUUGAAUGAGCAAGCUCAUGUUGUGUUCCUGGCACGCAACAUUACCACAUCAUAACCUUUGAAUUUUGUAAUGGCUUGUCAUAUCUCAAAUUGUAAAAAAAGAGAAAUGGUUACUUAACAGGAGGCUACGAAAAUAGGAAUGAAAUUUUUGUAAACAAGAGAAGGCUGCAAAUCAAAAUUGAAUUAUAACGUACAACAUAUAUAAAGUCUUCUCGACACUUUCAGUAUAGUAAACUGAAGUAAGCUGCUUAUAGUAACACGGUCAGAACUUAGCGUAUACU